AUGUCGGUAAGGGUCAGACGGGCCGCUUCUCCACCCCCCGGCCUUCCUCAUGCUACCCCGCGAUUCCCUCACCCGCGCAGCGAACAUCUUGACGCCGAUGAGCGAAGAGAAGCUGCUUCGCGGGGAUUCGUACCUUCACGCAAGGCUCACUCGUCUGGGGGUGUCAACCUCACUGCUGCGGAGUGGAAACUGCUCGCCGUCAUUACCAUUGUUGCAAUGGUCGUCCGCCUCUUCCGCAUAUCCAAGCCGGAUAGUGUCGUUUUCGACGAGGUCCACUUCGGAAGGUUCGCCGCUAAAUACAUCAAAUCGCAGUACUUCGUCGAUGUCCAUCCUCCACUCGCCAAGCUACUCAUCACACUAGCUGGAUUUAUCUUUGGCUUUGACGGCAAUUUUGACUUCAAGGACAUUGGCAAGCCAUACGAGCACACACCGUAUGUCGCGAUGCGUCUCGUUCCAGGACUCCUUGGCGUGGCCACCGUACCACUCUCGUAUCUGACUCUCCGCGCUCUCGAUUGCCGCGCAACGACAGCGCUCCUCGCCUCGCUCUUCAUCACCUUUGAGAACGGCCUAAUCACCCAGUCCAGGCACAUCCUCCUUGACUCCCCGCUCAUCUUCUUCACCGCACUCACGGUAUUUCUCUGGACGGGCUUCUGCAACGAAGACAAGCACGAGCCGUUCACCGACCGCUGGUGGACCUGGCUCACACUUUCCGGCCUCUCGCUCGGAGCCGUUGUCAGCUGCAAGUGGGUCGGGCUCUUCACCAUCGCGACGGUCGGACUAGGCACUCUGAAGCAGCUCUGGUUACUCCUCGGUGACCUGCGCGUCACGCCGAAACAAUUCUUCAGACACUUCGCGGCGAGGGCGCUCUGCCUGAUCGCCGUACCUGUUCUGUUCUACAUGUUCAUGUUCUGGAUACAUUUCCUGAUCUUGCAGAACCCCGGUGACGGUGAUGGUUUCAUGAGCUCCGAGUUCCAGCAUACCCUCAACGGCCGUGGAAUGGCAGACACGUUCGCAGACAUCGGUGUUGGAUCCACCGUCACCAUUCGGCACGUCAACACGCAGGGUGGAUAUCUACACUCUCAUGCUCACGUGUAUCCAGGAGGAAGCAAGCAACAACAGGUCACGUUGUACCCGCACCGCGACCAGAACAACGACUGGCUUUUGCUCAACGCGACCGCGGAAGCCGACCCAGUCUUCGAUUGGCAAAACGAGCCCCUGCACUACAUCACGCCAGGCAUGCGAAUCAAGCUGCGACACCUGAGCACGGACAAAGCACUGCACUCGCACGACUUUCGCCCGCCCGUGUCCGAUGUCGACUUCCAGAACGAGGUUUCCGCGUACGGUAUGGCGGGCUUCGCGGGCGACGCCAACGACGACUGGUUCCUCGAGAUCGAGAAGGGCGACCGCCGGGACAAGGAGUCAGGCAAGCGCGUAAGGACGCUGCGUACGCAGUUCAGGCUCAGGCACGCGAUGACGGGGUGCUACCUCUUCUCGCACAAGGUAAAGUUGCCCGAGUGGGGCUUCGAGCAGCAGGAAGUUACUUGCAAUAAGAACGCCGUCAAGCCCAAUUCCCUAUGGGUCAUCGAGACGGCCGCACACCCCCAGCUCCCUGCGAAUGCGCCCAAGGUCAACUACCGCUUGCCCGGCUUCGUCUCUAAGUUCGUGGAAUUGCAGCAGGUGAUGUGGAUGACGAACGCCGGUCUGACUGACCGCCAUAUGUUCGACUCGCGCCCUGAUGCAUGGCCCCGUUUACGUCGUGGCAUCAAUUUUUGGGUGAAGGACCAUCGUCAAAUUUACCUACUAGGCAAUCCGAUGGUUUGGUGGCUCAGCACCGCGGCCGUAAUUGGCUACGCGGCAGUGCGCGGCUUCCUUAUCUUGCGCGCGAAGCGAGGUUUCAAAGAUUUCGAGAAUACAAAAGUCGUCAAAUACGACACACUGUGCGGAUUCCUCUUCGUCGGGUGGUUCCUGCACUACUUCCCGUUUUACCUCAUGGGCCGCCAGCUCUUCCUCCACCACUACUUCCCGGCGCUUUACUUCGCGAUUCUACUGUCAUGUGUCGUCUUCGAUCUGGUCACGUCGGCUCUGCGGCCCAAGAUCCGGCUGCAGAUUGCGGCGGUGUUGCUGAUCAUCGCGAUCUGGAAUUUCGUAUACUUCAGCCCUCUGGCGUAUGGCAACUCGUGGACGAAGGCGAAGUGCCAUAGUGCGCAGUGGAUGAAGACGUGGGACUUUGCGUGCGAGGAAUUUUACGACAAUUACUCGCAAUACGACAGCCUCAUCGCCGCCACACCACAAAAAUCUCAAGCCUCCGCUGCGACCAUCGGUGGCGAGCCCGGCGGCCGCGCAGCGGUCGUCGUAGAGAACAAUGUGGAGCCGAAUGUAGAAGCAGCCGGAGCAGACUCCGCGGAUACCACCGUCGCCGUCGGACAGGCUGAGCCAGGGCGGGACAUCUUCGCAGGGGUACCACACGAAGACCUAAAAAGCCAGCCACACGUGCGCCCCGCUGCAGAGGAGGUCGUUUCUGAAGAGAAGGAGAUCAGCUCUGUCAUCGGGCAGGAACCCACCACGGCACUCGAAGCUGAGACCGCGGAAGAAUCCCCCGAGCUCGUCGCGGGCGACCAUUACGCAGAAGACGCACCGCUUGUUGGUGACGUGCCCACGCCUGAGGAGGUCGCUGGGGAACCGGAGCCAGCCCAUCGCGGAGCGGAGGACGGGAAGACGCAAGGCGCUCUGCUCGAAGACGAGGCUGAGGCUGAGCGUGCCCGGGUCGAGCUAUUCCCUGAUGAGGCAGAGGCGGAGGCAUAG